ACGAGUUUCCCGUGUUUCUGAUGGUCUGGUUGAAAAUGUGCGGAGGAGAGAAGAGGAGGAGAUGAUGAAGAGUCUCAGUCUCUGGGUCGAUAUGAAACUCUUGAGACUUUUAAAGCAUCAGUUCUCAACAACCAACUUCAGGAACAGUCUGAGAGAAGACAGCAUUAGUUUGGAGGAAUGUCAGACGUAAACACACCUGGAGGGGAUGGCGGCUCGUUCUCCUCAAAGAUCAUCAAAGUGGUGUUUUUCAUCCUGCUGCUCGACCUGCUGGGAUUCACACUGAUUCUACCUCUUCUGCCGUCCAUUUUGGAUCAUUAUGCACAAACAGGGGAUGUUGUGUAUCAGUCUCUGCAGAGCGUUGUGGACUGGUUCAGGGAGGUUGUUGGGAUUCCUAUGGAGAAGAAAUAUAACAGUGUCCUGUUCGGAGGUCUGAUCGGAUCACUGUUCUCGCUGCUGCAGUUCCUGUCAUCGCCUAUAACAGGCGCUCUGUCAGACCGCUAUGGCAGACGACCCCUGCUCAUUCUUACUACAUUGGGGCUGAUGUCCUCCUAUGCUGUGUGGGCAGUUUCGCGGAGCUUCAGCAUGUUCCUUUUGUUCCGGGUAAUUGGGGGAAUCUGCAAGGGCAACGUCAGCCUCUGCACCGCCAUCGUAGCCGACUUGCCUUGUCCCAAAGCACGAAAUAGAGGAAUGGCCAUGAUUGGCGUCGCCUUCUCCUUGGGCUUCACCGUGGGGCCUCUGAUGGGCGCCUACUUCGCCCUGAGGUCCAGAACAACAGGAGGUGUCUUCUACCAGGCUCCAGCUCUGCUCGCCUUGGCCUUCAGUGUUGCUGAUUUGCUCUUUAUCUGGCUCAUGCUGCCCGAGACACUCACAAAGGAUGUCAAGGCUUCGUCUUCAGGGUUCGAGAGCUCCAGGAACCUCCUGAACCCAUUAUCUUUGUUCCGUUUUUCAGCUGUUACCCAGACAAAAGAUCCCCCUUCAAAAGAGAGAAUGCAGAGGCUUCAAGUGUUGGGCCUUGUUUACUUUUGCUACCUCUUCCUGUUCUCUGGUCUGGAGUUCACGCUGAGUUUUCUGACUCACCAACGCUUCCAGUUCACAAGUAUGCAGCAGGGAAAGAUGUUCUUCUUCAUUGGUGUCAUCAUGGCUUUGAUACAGGGGGGAUACGCUCGCAGAAUUAAACCUGGACACCAUAUCAAAGCAGUCCGUGUGGCGAUCAUCACACUAAUUCCAGCUUUUAUCCUAAUCGGGUUAUCAUGGAAUAUGACAAUGCUGUAUGUCGGCUUGGCGUUAUACUCGUUUGCGGCUGCGAUAGUAGUUCCCUGCUUGUCCACUCUUGUGUCUGACCACGGCUCAGCCAGUCAGAAAGGCACAGUGAUGGGGAUCCUGCGUAGUUUGGGGGCCUUGGCCAGAGCUCUGGGACCAGUCGUGUCGUCGUCUGUUUACUGGAUAUCUGGAGCUCAAACCUGUUUUCUCAUCACAUCGGCCUCUUUGAUCGUCCCGCUCGCUCUCCUGAGCACAGCUGCGAGGCAGAAGGACGAGUGAGAAGGACAAAGACUUGAACAGACUUUAAAAAGAAGUGACGGCAGAGACAUCCUGAUAUUUUGCUGCCUAAACGAAUGUAAUGAUGUUUACAUCUGCUGGGAGAUCAAGCACUAAGUUAUUACUUCAUGAGGAGAUGUUCGGUACACCUGCUGCGCUGCUGCCUAAGAAUCAGUUCAUGAAACUCAAUAAUGCAAAAAGAUGAUGCACGAGCCAAAACCAAAGGGGGACCAGAGCGAGGGAGGUCGCUGUGUAACUGAGAAAUGAAUGGACGUCAUGCUUUUUACUGUGCGUGCUCAUGCGAAUAUUAUGUGAAUAAUAUGCACUGCUUGAGCCAGGGUGGGGUUACAAAUAGUUUGUAAAAUAAAUCAUCAUCAUUUUAUAUAAUACCAGAUGAUUGUAUAAAAAGAUUCUUGGUACUGUGACUUAACUAAAGUGGCAGAAAGUAAUUUAGUGCAUUUACUCAAGUAAAAAUGUUGAUGUACUUUAUUUUAGUAUUUCCAUUUUAUAAAAAACAUUUUCUACAUGUAUAUAUAUAUUGUUCUUCACAACAUGUUGAGUGCUAAAGUUUUUGAAUGAAAGAAUAUGAUCUAAAGAAUAAUGUGCCUUUUUUAUUAGUGAAUUCCACCUCAACAGCUACAACAUUAAACUUUAGUUAAACGAAUGAAUGGAUUCAUUUUCUUUUGAUACUUUGAACAUUUUACUUUAUGUGACAUCAUUUUUUUUAAAUGUGUGGCUUGAUAUAUUUGGAAAUAUUGUAUGCACAACUGAUACUUAUAAUAAUUUUUUUUUUAAAUAUAUACUAAAUAAAGAAACCCUUCUACGAG